UCAUAGAAAAGGAAGGAGAUUAAAAUACCAUACUGAAUAAAAAUUAGCACUUAUUGUUUCGUAGAAUAAGUCACUAGGUAUGUAAAUACUCGUGUAUUUUACGUAAUUUCAGUAGUAGGCAUAGACAUACACACCACAUAAUUGGGUAUAUACAUACUCGUACAUAUACUGUUUUUAUGGUAACCACAUACAUACAUAAUUUCGUUACUUGGUAUAUGCAUACCCACGUAUGUAAAUAAAUUUUUUAGUAGGUAUAUGCAUACCCACGUAUGUAUAUAAUUUUGUUAGUAGGUAUAUGCAUACCGUGUAUGUAUAUAAUUUCGUUACUAGCUAGAACAUAGAAUAAUUUAUUAUAUACAUACCCGCGUAUUAGAUACUCAUAUUGAAUUGUUAGGAAACAAAAAAAGAACAUAGUAGUUCAGAAAAUAAUUUAUUGGGUAUAUAAUACCCGCUUAUGUGCAUAAUUUCGUUAGUAAGUAUUUGAUACCCGUAUAAGGUAGUUAGAAGACAAAAAUAUGUGUAUUAGAUACCCAUAGUAGGUCAGAAAAAAAACAAUAAUACGAUUUAUUGUAUAACAAGUCUUGCAUGUCAAAUAUUUAAAAAUGGAAACAAAAUGUAAGAAUGGAAAGCCUUGCAUGAAGAAUAGUUAGGAAAGAAAUCAAACAAUCAUUGUGCAGCGAUACCUACCUAAAACAAGCAAGGUGCCCGAGCACCUAGGUGUCCCAGAUAAUUUACCUAUAUGACAACGUCCUUAUAUGCGGCGGAGGCAACAUGGACCUUGCCGUCCACCAUUGGCGAUGACCUCCCACACUCCUAGGGCUUUGUAUGUACUACCUUCAUUCCUAAAUAUAUGACGUUUUGGCUGUUCAAUUUGAACCGCCAAAACAUCGUAUAUUUAGGAACAAGAAAUAUUUGUUUUUGAGGGGAGUAGUAUAUUUCUUUUGUGUAUGUGUGUGUGUGUUUUUGCCGGAGGAGUGCCUCUUGUGUCUUUUGGUGUGUUCAGCUUAGGUGGAUGGCACGUGGCAACCUUCUCAUAAAAAAAGAAUAAAACAAAUGGCGAGAUUCGCACCUAAAUCAAACCCCAGCCUCCAGUCCGCCGCCGCCGCCCACCCCCGUCACCGGAGUUCCGCCCGCCGCCUCCGCUCAUCGCCGAAGGCCGCCCGCGGCGCCCGCAUUUGCCUCACCGCCGUGUGGCAGGCCAUUGACAUGGAGGCGAUUUUCGCGAGCACUAAUCGCCUUCUCCAGGUAGCCACGGACUCCCAUGCGCAGCCCAGCGCUCUGGGACGCCUCCGACGGGUGCUGGAUGGCGCCGCGGCGCGUUGCAUCUCUGACGCCACCUUCACCGACUGGCUCAAAGUGACGUUGGACGACUUAAUUGUCCACGUUGACAAACUUGACAACUUCACAAGGACGGUUGACAACAUCACUGCUCGCCUCCGGUCCACGUGCCACCCUAAAGGCAGCCACCGCGGCGUCUCCCCAGCUGGCCAACUCGCCGGCCUCCAUGGAAAUGAUCUCUUUCGCACACUGAUGACCCUGCAACUGCCUGAGGCUGCGCCUGCGGAGUUCUUCCUGGAGGCCGCACUCGCUGCGCAGAGCCUCAUCAUGCAUGACCAGCUCGACCUUUUCAUCGAACUCAGUGAGAAGGUCAUCUUGGAGGGUGACACUAUGGCGGUCAACGAGUACAACCUCAUGGCCUUAAUGGACCACAGGAAAACUUUGGUGAAGUUCAUUCACGAGCACAUUAAACUCUCCUACGCGAAGUAAAAGCUUGAUUGCCAUAACUAAGCUAGCUAGUUGCAAGUAAGACAAAGAAGGGUCGUGAUGGAUCCUUAGUUGGUUUCCGUAUGUAGUCUGCUGCAUCGUCUUUAUCGAGCCAAAGAGCAAGAACAAUUACUUUAUGUAUAUAUUAUGCUACUUGUCAGCGGUUGAGUCUGUCUGAAGUACUAGUAAUAGUUGCUAUCAAACUGCGCCCUGUGUGCUUGGCCUGCUAUAAUUAAUAUUGUACAAUGCAAUUUGUUUGGCAUCAAGUUCUGUUAUCAAUA